GAAAUCAUGUAGCCAAAAACCGGAUAUAGCACUCAGGAAACGAGAGGAAGGCCUAUCGACGCUACUUUUAUCAAUUUGAUAAAUAUCGCCAGUGAAUAAAUACGUUAGUCUAGUUAUCAUACAUAUACAACCAGGCAAAUAUCUGUAAAUUGUAUUUGUUUAUUUAUUUACCAUACUCACAGCAACAAUAAGCGCUUGGUAAACUGCAGUUUAGCAAGGAAGUCGAUCCACCCUAUUCGCCGUAAAUUUUUCCUGCGAGUGACAUAUCGGUUACAGAGCGCAUCGUAUUGGUAUUGGGUGAAGAUUAACUGUAUUUAGUUAUUGGCACCGGUAAAGUCGUCUCGGUUUGUUGGCCAGUAGUAGCUAACGAAUGGAGCUAAUGUGCCUUGAAGAUUGUAGGUUCAAAUCAACCCCAGUAAACUGCCCAACUCCUAGUUUCUCCGCUGUAAUUAGGGCCCGUUGCGACCCUAGUCUCAUCGAGGACAGCCGGACUCUGCAUAACCUGUUGGCUCUAGAGAAGAGACACUGGGCCCCACAGUCUUACUUUGGCACAAUUCAGACAGACAUUCAGCCUUACAUGAGGAGGAUACUAGCAGUAUGGAUGUUGCAGGUGUGUGAAGAGCAGAAAUGUGAAGAGGAGGUGUUUCCAUUGGCUAUUCACUAUCUGGAUCGUUUCUUGGGCCAUUUCCCUGUGCCUAGGACUCAUUUGCAACUGCUAGGCACUGUCUGCAUGCUCCUAGCCUCAAAAUUACGUGAGACGGUUCAUCUGAGUGCCAGUAAACUCUGCAUCUACACAGACAAUGCCAUCUCCGUCUCCGAGCUGCUGCAGUGGGAGCUGGUGGUGGUAUCCCGGCUGGACUGGGAUCUGGCAUCAGUGCUGCCCUCUGACUUCCUGGAGCAUAUUUUGAAAUGCCUUCCCAUCAUGCCUUGCAGCCUCCACAUAUUGCGCAAACACACCCACUCUUAUGUUGCACUGGCAGCCACAGAGUCUAGGUUUUCGGUGUUCCUGCCUUCCACGAUCGCCAGUGCCUGUGUGGCGGCUGCUGUUCGCCGUCUCAAGAUCCUGGACGCUCCGCUGUCCUGCAGUUCACUAAUGGAGCUGCUUGCUGACUUCUUGGAUUCCGAUGCGGGCACUCUCCACUCCUGUUUUGAUCAGCUGGAGGUGAUGCUGGAGCACAGCCUCCCGCCCUGCGCCACGGCCGUGGGGGCCAGCCCCCCAGAGACCCCGGUGCCCCACAUCCAGGGCAUGCACCGGUGGGCUUGCACCCCCACCGACAUCCAGGACGUCCAGUUCUCCCCACGGGGAAGGUCGCCCUCUAGGUCGUCCGAUCAGUCCCCAUCUAAAUAAAGACAGGCUGGUAAGAGGUGGAGGGGCUGUCCAGAGGGCAAGCCAGGAAGAGAAAGAGGAUGACGGGAGAGGACAAUGGUGGAAGGAGUCGCGCUUUCCCACCUCUUAAAGCAGGUUUCACACAGUCCUAGUUGGGGCACUCCGUUUGCUGUACAACUUGUGUUAAAACAUGGGAGGAGGGAAAGAAAAGGGGAAAAAGGCCCUUUGUUAGUUUUAUUGUGUAGAGAAAAUGCAGUAAUUGAUCGAAUUUGUGAAAAGAUGCUCACGGUUUCUGUUCUGUUACAUUGUCAAGUUCUUCCUGGACAGCGGUAGUGUUAUAUAAUUCUUGGCGGAUUUUUACUCAAACAUUGUCCAUGUCAAAUAAAUCAGUUGCUCUGUGCGUUUCAAGUUUAAUUAUAUGGGUGCAAUAGAAAGUGGCUUUGGAUGAUAACUAUUAACUUGAAUGUAAUUUCUAUGCUUGAUAUGGUUUAUGUUGUUUUUGCACAGGUGCAGAUAUUUGCAAUGCAUCAAAUACAUUGCUCUCUGAA